GCCAGGAACUGACCCCGAGGCGAAUAGGAGCAUGUGAGCUGUGCACCAGGCCUCAGGAUCAUCACAGCUGGCAUGGCAACAGAGGGUCAAGCAAUCAGAGGUGUCAAUCAUCGGAGUUAUGGAGCUGUUCAUCAGAGCCAUGAAGUAACCAAUCAAGAACACUUCGAUGCCAUUGCUCCUUAUCACAUUGCUCAAGCAGAAGGACCUUCUGCUCCCCACCCUCAUCUGAUAGACUAUACGUCUGACUAUGAAGGCACAUUCCCUAGAAGUAGUGGAAGCGACGUACCACCCCCACCAGAGUUGCUUAACAAGCGUAAGGAUGGGCCACCUCCAUCACAAACAAACUGGAACAUUCCUGCUGUCUCAGAAGAUACAGCCAGAGACGCUUUCAUAAAGUAUGCAGACAGUAAAUUGUGCUAUAGCAGAACUCCAGCCAUAGAAAUGGUAUUUCGGGAUCUAAAGCCAUUUAACACCUACAGAUAUUCUCUGGAGACUUUCACUGAAACAAGGUGCACGGACGUGAAGACAGUGCCUUACAAUGGUGAAUUUGUUGACUCCUAUAUGCUUGGUGCUCCCCCGCUACUAUGGAAUAUACAGGUGGAAGUUCCUCCUAUGUUCACAGAUCACAUACAGAGAGUCAAAGUACCUCACACUUCAUUAGUAAAGGGCUGUUUUGACUGUGCAGCGUCAGGUAGGGUUCGCUGCUGGAAAUGCAACGGGCGAGGUCAGAUAGAGUGCUGGGUGUGUCAUGGUAAUCGGACGUGGGGCAAUGAUAACAGGUGUUCACACUGCUCAGGACGUGGCUGCGAAAGAUGCAUCAUUUGCUCUGGUGAGGGGCUCAAGAAAUGUGACACCUGUGAAGGAAGAGGACAAAUGCUGUCUUACACUGAGCUGCAAGUCAAAUGGAAAAAUAACAUUUUUGAAUAUGUGGUGGACCAGAAAUGUGGGUUUCCUGCCAAACACUUCAAAGCUGUCGGGGGAGAGAAGAUAUUUGUUGAUGAACAAGCCAUGGUUUAUCCUGUGGUGAAUUUUCCCGAUCCUUCCGUAAAUCAAGCUUCCCAAAAUGCUAUUCAGCAACACCAUGCUCAGUUUGCAUCUGCAGCUCGUGUGCUGCGACAGAGGCAAACCAUUGAGUUAAUUUUUCUCACACAAGUGGAGUAUGAAUGGAAGGGGACACUGUAUUCCUACUAUGUCUAUGGAAAUGAAAAUGAGGUGUAUGCAGAACAUUACCCCCAAAAAUGUUGCUGCUCCGUCAUGUAACUCACACAUCAGUCCUCAGGACUCCAAGGUGGAUGGCUUGCUUUCCAGAACCGAACGAGCGAAGACAUCAUCUAACAAUGUGCUCAGUUGUUUUUAGUUUGCUGUUGAAGACCACAUACAUUGGUUGAGGUGCAAUGGGAAAGGAAGGGGAGAAUGAGAAGGCCUAGCAAGCAGAUUCCCAGAUUGGAAUCUAGACUGCAUGCAUGUUGCAGUCUUUCUGGAAGUUUUGCUAUGGACGUUGCUGCCUCUACCCUGUCAGUGGUAAAAAAUUCAGCUAUGAGUACAACAGUGUUUAAUUAUGGUCGGAAGGCUGUGUAGACAUGUACUUAUUGACCAACUAAAGAAGACAUAUCUACAUAGAGCACAAGCUUUCGUGUACCAAGUUCACUUCAUCAGAUGCACAGCAUACAUACCCUGUUCAUUUACUUAAUAAAGGUGCAUAUCUACCCUA